UCUCUCUCUCUCUCUCUCUCUCCUUUUCUCUGCUGUGCGCCUUGUGUUGGUUUGUAGGGAUUCCCAUUCCCACCUAUUUUCCCAAACACAAAGCACUCAAAAGAGAGAGAGAGGUAGAUAGUAAAGAGAAAACCAAAGACCCCCCAACAAAGACAAAAGAGAAACCCAAAUACCAAAAACACACAAAAAGCAAAAGCGACACACAGAGAUAGCUUCCGCUGGAAAUGCUCACCGGAUUUCAUUUUCCGGCGAGUUCCUCUCCUCCGAGACAACCCUAAUGCUGCCGGACUGACCCAAGAGCGAGACCAGAGAGUUAAGAGCUGUGUGCUGUGCCUGUGAGCUGUGUGACAGUUUGUGCUGUGGGCUGGGGUGUGUGUAUAUAUGUGAGACGAAAAUGCGUGAAGCACUGCUAUGUGAAUCGCCGAGCGACGUCGUUUCCCACACGAAGAAGAAGAAGUCGGGGGAGGAGGACCACAAGGGGGACAGAGAAACACCACAGCUGGUGGUGGCGCCGGCCGCAGUUGCUGGAAUCGGGCGCAGCCGAUCCCAGGCGGCGACGCGCCGAGUGACGCCAACGACUACGACGACGAUAACGACCGUCGCGGCCUUUCCCGCGACGACGUCGUCCAGCGUUGAGAGGCAUCUGCCGAACGGAGAUCUCUACAUCGGGAGCUUCUCCGGGUCGGUCCCAAACGGAUCGGGCAAGUACCUCUGGACCGACGGGUGCAUGUAUGAAGGCGAGUGGCGGCGAGGGAAGGCCUCCGGCAAAGGCAAGUUCUCGUGGCCGUCGGGCGCGACGUACGAGGGCGAGUUCAAGUCGGGUCGGAUGGAGGGUUCCGGGACGUUCAUCGGAUCCGAUGGCGACACGUAUCGGGGCUCCUGGUCGUCGGAUCGGAAGCACGGGUUCGGGCAGAAACGGUACGCGAAUGGCGACUUCUACGAGGGCUCUUGGAAACGAAACGUCCAAGACGGGCAAGGACGGUACGUUUGGGGUAACGGGAAUGAGUAUGUAGGGGAGUGGCGAAACGGCGUCAUUUCGGGUCGCGGGGUGUUGAUUUGGGCGAACGGGAACAAAUACGACGGGCAAUGGGAAAACGGCGUUCCGAAAGGUAACGGAAUCUUCACUUGGCCGGACGGGAGCUGCUAUGUGGGUACGUGGAACAAGGACCUGAAGGUUCAUCAGCUCAACGGUACUUUUUAUCCUGCUAAUGGCGGGAAGGAGCAGAGCUUGACCGACAUUGGGGCUUUUGGGGCUGAGAAUCUGACGAUUACGAUGCGAAAACGCUCCGUUUCGUCGGUGGAUGGGGCUAGAGGGAGCUUGGCGGAGAGGACUUUUCCCAGGAUUUGUAUCUGGGAGUCUGAUGGGGAAGCUGGGGAUAUUACUUGUGAUAUUAUCGAUAAUGUGGAGGCUUCCAUGUUCUACAGAAACGGCACAGGUUUCGAUCGAGAUGGGUUUGGCAAGUUCCGGCGAAGUCCCUGUUGUUUUUCUGGCGAGCCCAAGAAGCCUGGCCAGACCAUAUCAAAAGGGCAUAAGAACUACGAUUUGAUGCUCAAUCUUCAACUGGGUAUUAGAUACUCAAUUGGGAAGCAUGCUUCGAUAGUGAGGGAUCUUAAGUCCAGUGAUUUCGAUCCCAAAGAGAAGUUCUGGACCAGGUUUCCACCGGAAGGAUCGAACAAAACGCCGCCCCAUCAGUCGUUUGAGUUUCGGUGGAAGGACUAUUGUCCUGUGGUGUUCAGACAUUUGAGGGAGCUAUUCCAAGUAGAUCCUGCAGAUUAUAUGCUGGCUAUUUGUGGAAAUGAUGCCCUUAGGGAGCUUUCUUCCCCAGGGAAGAGUGGAAGUUUCUUUUACCUGACUCAGGAUGAUAGAUUUAUGAUAAAGACAGUCAAGAAAUCAGAAGUCAAGGUGCUUAUUAGGAUGCUUCAGAGUUAUUACAGACAUGUUUCUCGGUAUGAAAAUUCUCUUGUGACAAAAUUCUAUGGUGUGCAUUGUGUCAAACCUGUCGGCGGCCAGAAGACAAGGUUUAUCGUGAUGGGCAAUUUGUUCUGCUCGGAGUACAGAAUACAUAGACGAUUUGACCUAAAGGGAUCAUCCCAUGGUCGAACAACUGAUAAGCCUGAGGGUGAAAUUGAUGAAAUCACAACUCUCAAGGACUUGGAUCUUAAUUUUGUGUUUCGCCUCCAAGGAAAAUGGUUCCAAGACCUUAUGAAGCAAAUUGAUCUAGAUUGUCAAUUUCUGGAAGCAGAGAGAAUCAUGGAUUAUAGUCUUUUGGUUGGUGUUCAUUUUUAUGAUGGCAGCAAUACAUAUGACAAAAUGGGGCUGUCACCAUUUAUUUUGCGAUCUGGCCAAAAGGAUUCAUAUCAGAAUGAAAAGUUUAUGCGUGGGUGUCGAUUUCUUGAAGCGGAGCUACAAGACAUGGAUCGAGUUUUGUCUGGCCGGAAACCAUUGAUCUGUUUAGGAGCCAAUAUGCCUGCUAGGGCAGAGCGGAUGACUCGAAAGAGUGACUUUGAUCAGUACACCCCUGGUGGGUUCAGUCAUUUGACCCCUUCACGCAGCGGUGAAAUCUACGAUGUAGUCCUCUAUUUUGGGAUAAUUGACAUUUUACAAGACUACGAUAUCAGCAAGAAGUUAGAGCAUGCAUAUAAAUCCUUGCAAGCUGACCCAAGUUCGAUCUCAGCUGUUGAUCCAAAGCUUUACUCGAAGAGGUUCAGGGAUUUCAUUGGAAGAAUUUUCAUAGAAGAUAGGUAGUCUUCAAAUGAGAAAUUUCUGAAUGGAAACCAGUACUGUUGGAUUAAGAAGAUUCAACAUUUGAUCCUCUUCUGAGGGAGAAGGCGCAAGCAGCUCCAAUGGGGGUAUGGAGCAAAAAGACUUGGGGUAAAUUCAGAGACGGCACGACCGCAACUGUGGCGGAAUGACGGAAGCUCUGUGGUUUGUUGUUGGGUGCUGCCCUAUGGCUGAAUUUUGAAAACACAGCCAAAGGUGUUUUGGUGUUGGGGGUGGUUUGGGUGCUUGUACAUUCAAGGGAGAGGGAGGUUUGGGUUCUGAUGUCUUUUCUUAUUCUUUCCUUUUUUUUUUUUUUCCCCUUUAGGUGAAAUUUUUGUGGUAAUCAAGGAAUGUGAAGAUUUGAAAGAUAGGUCUAGGGAACAGAGUUAAAAUGUUUCCCAGAGAGAAGAUUCAAAAAAAAAAAGGGGGAGGGGACUUGGAAUAACAAAAAGUGUACAGGGUUUAUAGAGAAAAAAAAAGGGGAUGGAUCAUAGCUUAUGCAAUUGAAUGAAUUUUUAUUGUGAUAUUUUGAAGACAAUGUUUGAAUCAUCUAUGCCACAAUAGGCCCCACAGGAAUCUCUCUCUC